AUGAGAGAGGAGUUGGUGGUGCAAGAAGGGUACGUUGGGAAUGAAGAGAGGCUCCUUACAGUGCUUAAAACCUCUCUCUUCUUCAAUGGUGAUGGCUUCGCUGUCUACGAUUCCAAGGGCCAACUCGUUUUCCGCUUUGACUCAUAUGGUCCUCGCGCGCGUGACAAGGACGAGCUUGUUCUCAUGGAUCCCAAUGGCCGUUCUCUUCUCACUCUUCGCCGAAAGAAACCGAGUCUUCAUCAGCGGUGGGAAGGAUUCAGAGGAGAGAGAAGGGACGGGGAUAAACCCGUUUUCAGCGUGAAGAGAUCGUCGAUCAUCGGACGGGCGCGGACGAGCGUGGCGGUGGAGGUGUACGAUAAGGCAGGUGUGGAGUACCUGAUCGAAGGGUGUUUCCCGCAGCGGUGGUGCAAGGUUUUGAAUGCGGGGAAGGAAGCAGUGGCUGAGAUUCGCCGGAAGGUGGACCCGACCACCAGUGUUAUGCUGGGGAAGGAAGUGUUUUGGCUUUGCGUGAAGCCUGGUUUUGAUUCGGCCUUUGCCAUGGGGUUGGUCCUGGCGCUUGAUCAGAUGAACGGUGAGGAUUACUUUGAUGAUAGAAUAGUGGAGGCCGUGGUGCAACCUGCCGCAGAAGAUCCGGAAAUAGUUUCACCGGUUCCAGUUUGA